ACCGGUUUCAAAAUGAAAACUUAUGACGCACACAACAAACUUUGCGUGUCUCUUUGUCUUUGUCUUGACUAUAGUUAAUAGUCCUCGGUUUCUUCUUCACCAUUUUUGUUUACAUUUAUCAAUUCGUUACUAUCUAAAUCUGAAACCUGUGAAUCCAAAAUCGUGUCAUAUAAAAUCAGACAUAUAUAGAUGACGGUUUCAAACGGUUCAGAUAUGAAGAUAGACGUGAAACCUGAGCCAUCUGCGCCAACUGUGGACUACCACGAGCCGGGAACUUCCGGCGCAAACGCGGGCAUCCUACGGCGGUGGAAGAUGGAAGAUUUGCUCAAGAGAGGAUCGUUAUGGUUGAGAGGAAUUGCUUUGUUUUUCUCUUUAAUUUCCUUCAUUCUCAUUGUUAGCAACAACCAUGGCGAUUGGAGAGAAUUCGACAAGUAUGAAGAAUACAGGUAUUUGCUGGCCAUAGCAAUUCUAUCCAUUUUGUACACUGGAGGACAAGUGUUUCGUCAAGCUCAUGAACUUUCCACGGGGAAAAACUUGCUUCAGUUAAGAACAGUAGCGUUGAUUGAUUUUGUUGGAGAUCAGGUUGUGGCAUAUUUCUUGAUAUCAUCAGCUUCUUCAGCGAUUCCAAUAACGGAUAGCAUGAGGGAAGGGGCAGAUAAUAUAUUUACAGACACUUCAGCUGCAGCCAUUAGCAUGUCCUUUUUUGCCUUUUUGUGUCUAGCGCUAUCAGCCAUCAUAUCAGGACACAAACUAUCAUCUCAAACUUAUAUCUGAACUUCCACAGAAGUUUCUCCUAUCAUGUUUCAUACUUCCAUUCAUUGCUGUACAAAAUACAUUUAUAUAAUUUGUGUAAGGAAGUGAGUAUAAGAAUCCCCCAUCCUUUUAAGUGUGUGCAUAUGUUACAGUGAGAUAUGGGAUAUGAGACUACUUAUUUCAUACAAGAAUACAAAUAGCUUUUUUCUACUUGAAAC